AUGACUCCCCCGGUCGCGAUCAACGACAAUGGAAGCGGCUCUGUCUCGUUCUUCGGGACACACACGCCUAAGGAUCUUGUCUCUCCAGGGCUCAAACCCUUCGCUACAACAGACGAAGGGCAUGUCGACUACACCGGCAACUACCGUUUCGCGCCUAUCAGCGAAGCCCAAGUCUCGCGUGCGAUGACCAAGCGGUACUUCGCCGACAUGUACGACCGCGCCAUCUCCGACGUCGUCAUCGUCGGUGCUGGCAGUGCGGGCCUGUCUUGCGCAUACUACCUCGCUAAGAAUGCGCCCGAGAAGAAGAUCACCAUCGUUGAGGCGAAUGUUGCCCCGGGGGGUGGGGCGUGGCUGGGGGGGCAGCUGAUGAGCGCGAUGGUUGUGCGCAAGCCGGCGCACGAGUUCCUGCAAGAGAUCGGUGUACCCUUCGAGGAUGAAGGCGGUUUCGUCGUCGUACGCCACGCGGCGCAGUUCACGAGCACGCUGCUCAGCAAGGUGCUCGCUUUCGCCAACGUGCGCCUGUUCAACGCCACCGCCGUAGAGGACCUCAUCGUCCGCCCCGACCAUACGGGCCGGCAGCGCGUCGGAGGCGUGGUGACCAACUGGACGCUCGUUAGCCUGCACCAUGAUAGCCAGAGCUGCAUGGACCCGAACACGAUCACUGCUCCUGUGAUCAUCAGCGCGACGGGACACGAUGGACCUAUGGGCGCGUUCUGCGCUAAGAGGCUGGUGAGCAACGGGAUGAUCGAGAAGCUGGGAGAUAUGCGCUGCUUGGAUAUGAUGCGCGCCGAGCCUGUGAUUGUCAAUGGGACGCGCGAGGUCCAGCCCGGACUGAUCAUGACAGGUAUGGAGCUCUCGGAACAUGACGGGUCAAACCGCAUGGGACCUACUUUCGGUGCUAUGAUGGCGAGUGGUGUGAAAGCUGCGCAUGAGGCGCUGAGGAUCUUGCAGAGCGUGAGGGUUGAGGAGGGGGUUGUCAUGGGGGAUGCUUGA